AUGCCCGAGGUCUUGCUCCGGGUAGACAAAUACCCAUUCGCCGACGAAGCUGGCGUCUUCAUUGAGAGGAGCAACGAGUUGUUCGUCAUCAGUGCUCAAUGCGUGGAUUCCAGUGGCGUAAAGAAGGCCCAAAUCUCCAAGAUUCUUCUUGGCAAUGGAACGAAACCCGCCGUGCAGGAGGAAAUCCCCUGUGACCAGAUCCAAAUGGGCAAUGGCAGAGUGAACUACCAAGGUGGUAGCUUUUUCUGUAGCCAGGCAUCUCUUAGUGAACCGAGCGGCCUGUUUAAAACGGAAGCUGAUGAUCAUCACGUCAAGCUUGUAGUGACGAGCUAG